UGGAGAUGCGCAACAUUGAAAUUCGGUCAACUCAAUUUGCCUUUCAAACCUGGUCUACAAUGGACCAGUCAGUUAUAUAGUCUACAUUUCCCCCCCGUCUUUUUCCCAUCCUAAUCCUUUACACCCAGGUGUUUCUUUCAAACCUUCAUCCUCGACGAGGUAUUGUCUGUAAACUGUAGAUCAACAUCAGCAGAAUGGCAGAAGCGGAAUUGCAAACCUUCACGUCGAUUAUGGACGCGCUGGUCCGCAUCAGUUCUAACAUGAAGAGUAUGGAGAAGGAGCUGUGCUGCCCGGUGUGUGAUGAGAUGGUGAAGCAGCCCAUCAUCCUGCCCUGCCAGCACAGUGUGUGUCUGCUGUGUGCUGCGGAGGUGCUGGUCCAGAGAGGCUACCCUCCCCCUGACCUGCCCCCAGAGCCCAACUCCCCGGCCUCCACCCCAAACACCCGCUCCCCCCGCCAGACCCGCCGACCCGCGCCCAGGACCCCCGACCGCCUGGAGCGCGUCCUCCGAGCAGGUGGGCCCCCCCCCCCCCACGGCCCUCCCCCUGCCCCAGGGUGUGGGACCUACCCUGGGCGACGCCGUAAGGACCCAGCCUCCCCCCCCAUGCUGUUCCCCUGUCCGUCCUGCUGCAGAGAUGUGGAGCUGGGGGAGCGAGGACUGACGGACUGCCUCCGCAACCUCACCCUGGAACGCAUCGUGGAAAGGUACAGACACACGGUGAGUCUGGGCAGUGUGGCCAUCCUGUGCGGCUUCUGCAAACCUCCCCAGGCUCUGGAAGCCACCAAGGGCUGUGCCGACUGCAGGUCCAACUUCUGCAACGAGUGUUUCAAGCUCUACCACCCCUGGGGAACGCCCCGGGCCCAGCACGAGCACAUCCUGCCCACCAACAACUUCAGGCCCAAGGUCCUCACCUGCCCUGACCAUGAGCAGGAGCGCUUGCUGUGGUACUGUCGCUCCUGCCAGAAGCUGCUGUGCCAACUCUGCAAGCUCCGCCGUUCCCACCACGGCCACAAGAUGGCGCCCAUAGCACAGGCGUCCCAGGCGCUCAAGGACAAAAUCAUCAAGGAGCUCAACUACAUUCUGACCAAUCAGGAGACGGUCCAGUCUCAGAUCAGCCAGCUGGAGAGUGCCAUCACACAAAUGGAGCUCAACAGUGCUGUAGUGCGAGAGCAGCUGUCCCAGUCUCUGAGGGAGUUGGGCUGUGCUGUGUCUGAGCGGCAGGGGGCCCUGGCCAUGGCCCUGGAGGCGUCCAGGCUGAGGAAGGCCGAGGUCCUGGCCGCCCAGGUGAUGGAGAAGAGGGGCCUGCUGGAGCACGCUGGCCUCAUGGCCUACACUCAGGAGCUCCUCAAGGAGACCGACCAGCCCUGCUUCGUCCAGGCCGCUCGCGUCACCCACCACAGGCUGGGGAAGGCUAUAGAGCACUUGCAGUCGUUCUCUCUCUCUGCCGACCCCUCCUUCAGACACUUCCAUCUGGACGCCACCAAAGAGCUGCAGCUCAUCAGCGGCCUGGCGUACAUACAGGCCCCAUUGGCUCCUGUGAUUGACACUCAGAAAACUCUGGCCUAUGACCAGCUCUACCUCUGCUGGCGCCUCCCCCAGGACUCCGCCCCUGCCUGGCACUUCUCUGUGGAGUUCCAGAGGCAAAUGGGAUUGGCCGGGGCGGCCUGGGGGUCGGGGGUCAGGCCGUCGAACACACCAAUGCCGUGGCAGCGUCUGGAUGAGGUGGGCGGGACCAGUGCUGUGAUUGACAGGCUGGAGAUGGACUGUGUGUAUGUGCUGCGGGUGAGAGGCUGCAACAAGGCGGGCUUUGGAGACUACAGUGAGGAGGUUUACCUCCACACACCACCUGCACCAGUGUUGAGUUUUGCUCUGGACUCUCGCUGGGGCCUGCAUGCUGACAGGUUGGCGCUGGGUAAAGGACAGACGUACGCUCGCAGUGUUCCUGGGCUGUCACUCUUACAGGCGGCUGACCGCGCCCUCACUUCCUGUCACCUGACCUCUGACCUGCUUGUGGCCGACAGGGCGGUCUCCCAGGGUAGACACUACUGGGCAUGCUCAGUGGAGCCAGGCUCCUACCUGGUGAAGGUGGGGGUGGGUCAGGAAGCUAAGCUGCAGGAAUGGUUCCAUCUCCCUCAGGAUAUGGCCAGCCCCAGGUACGACCCAGACAGCGGUCAUGACAGUGGGGCGGAGGAUGCCCAGGAUUCCUCCCCCCCCUUCUGCUUCAUCACCAUGGGGAUGGGGAAAAUCCUCCUGCCCCAUGGACUGGCCAACUCCCACCACAAUAACCACGGCAACCCUUCCAGCCCCCCCACCACCCCGCUGCCCCCCAGACUAGGAGUGUGUCUGGACUUUGAGAAAGGGCGGGUCACAUUCUACGACGCCCACUCCCUGCGCGUCCUGUGGGAGGGGCAUGUCGACUGCUCCGCCCCCGUGUGCCCGGCCUUCUGUUUCAUUGGUGGAGGAGCUUUGCAACUCCAGGAUCUCGUGGCCAAUCGUAGCAUAGAGGAGCCAGCACCCAGAAGGGUCACCAUCCAAUCACGUGCGACCAGUCUCGGGAACUGAAAAGACAGUCCAUGGUUAAAGGUAUAGUCCACCCAAAUAUCCAGGGGUUCUGAUGUUUGCAGACCUCAGAACUGGUCCACCGUCUGCAUGCAUCACUCCCAUGACAACCAGACACUCCAGAGAACCAGACAUGUGAAGUGUGUGUGACUGUGACGGUGGGCUGACAGUCGUUGACACCGUAGCGUUCUGGCACUGCUGUUGUGCUGAUAACGUUUCAGAAGUGGGAUAACCCCACCCAUAACCCCCCCACCUCCUCCUCUACACCUUUACACAGCCAGAGAGGUUGACCUAAUACAUUUGGAGGUGAAAUGAGACUGAAUGUGACAGAUUUUGGCCAAUGCCAUAGCUGCAUCUUCAGGUGUGUGAGUACCUCAUUGGUUGAUGUCAUGGUCAUAGGAAUGGUACUGAAAGGUGAAAUAUUGUCCGCUCUCCCAAUGUCUCAUGUAAACCUUAACUGAGUUUUAUGUUUGCUAUGUGCUUGUAAAUACAAUCCGGAUUUUACGUUAAUUUCAGGUUCAACUCAAAAGAUUGUCUAUAUUGUAAAAACACUGAAAGCAAUGGCUUGGACUGUAUUUUUGAUAUAGAUAGUUUCUGAUUGAAUGUUUGCAUGUGUGUGCGUGUGUGUGUGUGCGUGUGUGUGAGCUUGCGUGUGUGUGUUUGUGCGUGUGUGAGGCCAGGUGGGUUACAUCAUGCUUCACAGAGUUCUGGUUGUGAUGAUGUGGUUGUGAUGAUCAUGCUAUCUGCUCUGUCAGUCCUGAAUGAUCUUCAUCCCUCCUUCGACUCUGGAGCAUCUCCCUAGCCUGUUUUAGACUGCCGCGCU